AUGGGCCAGUUCGAAGGAGAACACAAGAAGAGUAAGCGUCUCAGAUUUGUGGCGUACAGAAGCAUCGUGAGCUGGUGCUGGGGACUGCUGGGAGCCAGAAUCAGGGUGGUCAUCCCUGCAUGUGCAGUGCUCAGGAUACGCCAGGAGUUCCCAGAUCCUGACGGCCAGUACGUUGGCUUUCUACCCUCUGGUCAGCCUCGGCUGCCCCUCGACUGA